CAUGGAGCAGAAGAACCACAGUGGGCGAGUGAAUGAGUUUGUGUUGCUGGGUUUCCCUGCCCCAGUGCCCUUGCGGGCAUUACUGUUUUCCCUUUCUCUGCUGGCCUAUGUGUUGGUACUGACAGAAAAUGCACUCAUCAUUGUGGCAAUUAAGAACCAUCCUACCCUACACAAACCCAUGUAUUUCUUUCUAGCUAAUAUGUCUUUCCUGGAGAUCUGGUAUGUCACUGUCACCAUUCCCAAGAUGCUUGCUGGCUUCAUUGGGUCCACACAGAGCCAUGGACAGCUCAUCUCCUUUGAGGGAUGCAUGACACAGCUCUACUUUUUCCUGGGACUGGGCUGCACUGAGUGUGUCCUCCUUGCUGUGAUGGCCUACGAUCGCUAUGUGGCCAUCUGCCAUCCUCUCCGCUACCCUGUCAUUGUCAGUAGCCGGCUGUGUGUGCAGAUGGCAACUGGUUCAUGGGCUGGAGGAUUUGGCAUCUCCAUGGUCAAAGUUUUUCUCAUUUCUCGCCUCUCUUACUGUGGUCCCAACAUCAUCAACCACUUUUUCUGUGACGUCUCCCCAUUGCUCAACCUUUCAUGCACAGACAUGUCCACGGCAGAGCUUACGGACUUUGUCCUGGCCAUCUUUAUCCUUCUGGGGCCACUCUCUGUCACUGGAGCCUCCUACAUGGCCAUUACUGGUGCUGUGAUGCGGAUCCCUUCAGCUGCUGGUCGCCAUAAAGCUUUUUCUACCUGUGCUUCUCACCUCACUGUGGUGAUCAUCUUCUACGCAGCCAGUAUCUUUAUCUAUGCCCGGCCUAAGGCACUCUCCGCUUUUGACACCAAUAAGCUGGUCUCGGUACUCUACGCUGUCAUCGUACCGUUACUCAAUCCCAUCAUUUACUGCUUGCGUAACCAAGAAGUCAAGAGAGCCUUACGCCGAACUCUGCAUCUGUACCAGGGCCAGGAUGGCAAUCCCAAGAAAUCUCACAGAGAUGGUUAG